AUGCCGGCCGCGGCGCGGUCGUGGACGUGGACCUGCGGGUGCUGCGUGGGGAGGAGGAGGGGGAACAGCGGCGGGGCUGCGGGCGCCUCGGGGCGCGCCGAGGAGGGGGACGAGUGGAGCCUCUUCAUCGACCUGCCCGUGCUCGAGGCCGCCACCGGCGGCUUCUCCGACGACAACCUCCUCGGCCGCGGCGGCUUCGGCCCCGGGGUGAUGGAGAACGGGCAGCAGAUCGCUGUGAAGAAGCUGUCGAUGGGGUCACGGCAAGGCGUGCGCGAGUUCCUGAACGAGGUCCGGCUCCUGCUCAAGGUGCAGCACCGCAACCUGGUGUCUCUGCUUGGCUGCUGUGCUUCCUCCGGUCAUUUCCUGCUCGUCUAUCCCUACUUCCCCAAUGGCAGCCUCGACCACAUUCUCUUCGACAGGAAGAAGUGUGCCCAACUAGAUUGGCCGAAACGGUACCAUAUAAUCAUCGGAUUGGCAAGAGGGCUCCUGUACCUUCACGAAGAAUCUCCGGUAAAGAUCAUCCACCGAGACAUCAAGGCGAGCAACGUGCUCCUCGACGACCAGCUGAACCCAAAGAUUUCAGAUUUCGGCAUGGCGAGGCUCUUCCUGGAGGACGCCACGCACGUGAACACAUUCAGAAUCUCCGGCACAUAUGGUUACAUGGCUCCAGAGUACGCAUUGAACGGCUACUUGUCCACGAAGACUGACGUCUUUAGCUUCGGGAUCCUGGUGCUGGAGAUAGUGAGCGGACGGAAGAACAUCGUUCGACACUCGGACGACGAAAAGAUCGACCUCUUGAACUAUACAUGGAAGCUGUUCGAAGAAGGACGGUCCCUGGAGAUCGUGGACCCGUCUCUGUCCAAGUCCAACCCCGACAGCGAGCAGGCGCUGCUGUGCAUCCAGCUCGGCCUGCUGUGCUGCCAGGCCGUGGUGCCGGACCGGCCCGACAUGCACAGCGUGCACCUGAUGCUGUCGAGCGACUCGUUCACGCUGCCCAAGCCCGGGAAGCCGGCGAUCCAUGGCAGGACCGGCCGGUGGAUGACAACGACGACGGCUUCAGGAUCGGCGUCGGCGUCGGGCGCCUCCAACACGAACACCACCAGCGGCGGCAGCACGUUCGGCACCGACACGAACACCACCAGGGCCUCUGUGCUGGCCAAUAUCGCCGAGGACGAGUCCCGGAACUCCAUUUCCAUAUCCUUCACCAUGGAAGGCCGGUAG